CAGUCGAGUAUUGUCCACUGUGUGUUCUGUUUCACUGUUCUAACGCGGAGCGAUGCUAGUGACAUCUACAGAAGGCAAAGUGAAUGUAUUCUUAUUUAUACCGAAUCUUGUCGGAUAUGUGCGUCUCGUUUGUCUCUUUAUUGCCCUGAUGAUUAUGAACGGGCUGGUGGGAGAUGAGAAUCCUGGUUUAGCUGUAGCUUUCUAUAUGGCGUCUGUUCUACUGGAUGAAGUGGAUGGGAUGGCUGCAAGGAAGUUCAAACAAGAAUCAAGACUUGGAGCAAUGCUAGACUUGCUAACCGACAGAUGUGGUACUAUAUGUCUGUUCAUGACACUGACUCACUGCUACCCUGUUUUAACCAUGCUGUUCCAAGUCCUAGCAACGGUUGAUAUCUUCAGCCACUGGUUUCUUGCUUUCAGCUCAGUACUAGCCAAUAAAUCGAGUCAUAAGACAGUUAACAAAUAUGACGUGAACAUUCUUCUCUGGGUGUACUACAACAAUUCCUUAUUCCUAAGUUGCAUGAACAUCGGACACGAGAGCUUUUUAUUGCUGUUAUACAUGCUCAACUUUAGUUCAGGACCAACAAUUGGUCUUUUUGGGUUGGGAAUUUGGUACUUGUUAGCCUGUCUUCUUCUACCAAUUGCUGUUGUGAAGCAAGUUGUUCAUAUCAUGCAACUGAAAUAUGCUGCAAGUCAAAUCGCAGCAAUAGACAUUCUGGAGAGAGAGAAAAUGUCAACUGAUUCUAAGCUUUCAUAGCUGCCUAGAUGUUUAGUAUUAAUUAAAUGAGUUUAUGUACAUUUUGCAACCAGUGAUUAUAUGUAGCUACUAGUACUACACUGUAUGAAUGCAAAAACUUGUUGAAUUUGUUACUUUGAUUUUGAAUACGUUUUUGUUGCAUAGCUUGUAAUUUUCUUAUAAUUUACGUAUGCUGCAAGAAAUCUAAGAUUGAGACUACAAUUACAACGAACUCGGUAUUCGCUGAGACUCGUGCCCGGUUGCUUU